AUGGAAAUCAAGUUAUAUUACAUUUUGGCUUUGGUCGUUUUGGUGAUUGAUUUAAGUAGUUAUGGAAUUUGUCAAACUGAUGAGGAUUUAGGAAAGGCGGCUUCGUUUAUUUUUGGAGAUUCCUUAGUAGAUGCUGGAAAUAACAACUAUUUACAAACGUUGUCGAAGGCUAAUAUCCCCCCGAACGGUAUUGAUUUUAAAGCUUCAGGAGGAAAUCCUACCGGCCGGUUUACAAAUGGAAGAACAAUUGGAGACAUAGUUGGAGAGGGAUUGGGACAACCUCACUAUGCGAUGCCAUUUCUUGACCCAAACACGACCGGAAGAACUAUCUUAUAUGGGGUUAAUUAUGCAUCAGGAGCUGGUGGAAUCAUGAAUGCUACUGGAAGAAUAUUUGUGAAUAGGCUAUCACUGGAAAUCCAGGUUGAUUACUUCAAUAUCACUAGGAAACAAAUUGAUAAAUUAUUAGGUCCAUCAAAAGCAAAAGAAUACCUCACAAGAAAAUCAAUUUUCUCCAUCACUAUAGGAUCCAACGAUUUUCUCAACAAUUAUCUUCUUCCAGUAGUUUCCGCGGGUACAAGAAUUUCACAAAGUCCAGAUACUUUUAUAGAUGAUGUGCUCAAUCAUCUAAGGGGACAGCUUACGAGACUUUACCAAUUAGAUGCAAGAAAGUUUAUAAUUGGGAAUGUUGGGCCCCUUGGAUGCAUUCCCUAUCAGAAAACCAUUAAUCAAUUGAGUGAAAAUGAGUGUGUGCAAUUACCAAAUAAGUUGGUACUUCAGUACAAUGCCAGAUUAAAGGAUCUUGUCCAAGAACUAAAUGAAAACCUUCCAGGAGCCACUUUUGUGCAUGCCAAUGUCUACGAACUUGUCAUGGAACUCAUUACAAAUUAUGCUAAAUAUGGAUUUAAAACUGCGAGUAAAGCAUGCUGUGGAAAUGGAGGACAGUUUGCUGGGAUAAUUCCAUGCGGGCCAACUUCUAGUUUGUGUUCGGACAGGAACAAGCAUGUAUUUUGGGAUCCUUAUCACCCAAGUGAGGCUGCGAACCUAAUUAUUGCCAAACAAUUGCUCAAUGGGGACCCGAAAUAUGUAACUCCAAUUAACCUCAGACAACUCGUAGAUCUCUGA